CGCCGCGAGGCGCAUGACGGCAACGACGCGGCCCGUUCGCUCGGAAAUCUCUCCGGUGCCUCCGCCGCCGGGAGCUGCCGGCGAGGAACUCGUUUCCCUCGGGCGCCCUCCGCCUCCCCCUAAGGGCCCGUGGCAAGGAUUCCGCGUCGGACAGGGACGCGCACGCUCGAGGGGCCGCAGCUGGCGUGGUGUCCCUCCGCCGUCGCCGCGAACUCCUUUUUGUGUCCUUCCACCGGGCCCGGGCGGUGUCCGGGUGGCUCACCGGGGGCGGCGGCGCGGCUGCGGCGCGGCUCCGGGGCUAUGAGGUGAGGACGCCCCGUCGCUGGAGGCGGCACCGCGCGGCGCGAGAACGCGGAACCCCGAAGCCGGCGGAUGCUUUUCGGAGCCGGCGGCCGCGCGUGAGGCUGAGGAGAGAACACUGAAAUUAUUCUCUAAGCUAUUUGAAGAGAGUGACUAAAUGCACCUGGGCCAGGCUGUCUGUGGGUAUGAAGUGGUUGGGAGAAUCCAAGAACAUGGUGAUGAAUGGCAGGAGAAAUGGAGGCAAGUUGUCUAAUGACCAUCAGCAGCAUCAGUCAAAAUUACAGCACACGGGCAAGGACACCUUGAAGACUGGCAAAAACGCAGUUGAGCGGAGAUCAAGCAGAUGUAAUGGUAAUUCUGGAUUUGAAGGACAGAGUCGUUAUGUACCAUCUUCUGGAAUGUCCGCCAAGGAACUCUGUGAAAAUGAUGACCUAGCAACCAGUUUGGUUCUUGAUCCCUAUUUAGGUUUUCAAACACACAAAAUGAAUACUAGCGCCUUUCCUUCGAGGAGCUCAAGGCAUUUUUCAAAAUCUGACAGUUUUCCUCACAACAACCCUGUGAGAUUUCGGCCAAUUAAAGGAAGGCAAGAAGAACUAAAGGAAGUAAUUGAACGUUUUAAGAAAGAUGAGCACUUGGAGAAAGCCUUUAAAUGUUUGACUUCAGGUGAAUGGGCACGGCAUUAUUUUCUCAACAAGAAUAAAAUGCAGGAGAAAUUAUUCAAGGAACAUGUAUUUAUUUACUUGCGAAUGUUUGCGACUGACAGUGGAUUUGAAAUACUGCCUUGUAAUAGAUACUCAUCAGAACAGAAUGGAGCCAAGAUAGUUGCAACAAAAGAGUGGAAACGAAAUGACAAAAUAGAAUUACUGGUGGGUUGUAUUGCCGAACUUUCAGAAAUUGAGGAGAACAUGCUACUUAGACAUGGAGAAAACGACUUCAGUGUCAUGUAUUCCACGAGGAAAAACUGUGCUCAGCUCUGGCUCGGUCCCGCUGCGUUCAUAAACCAUGAUUGCAGACCUAACUGUAAGUUUGUGUCAACUGGUCGAGAUACAGCAUGUGUGAAGGCUCUAAGAGAUAUCGAACCUGGGGAAGAAAUUUCUUGUUAUUAUGGAGAUGGGUUUUUUGGAGAAAACAAUGAGUUCUGCGAGUGUUACACUUGUGAAAGACGAGGAACUGGUGCUUUCAAAUCCAGAGUGGGACUGCCUGCGCCUGCUCCUGUUAUCAAUAGCAAAUAUGGACUCAGAGAAACAGAUAAACGUUUAAAUAGGCUUAAAAAGUUAGGUGACAGCAGCAAAAACUCAGACAGUCAGUCUGUCAGCUCUAACACUGAUGCAGACACCACUCAGGAAAAAAACAAUGCAACUUCUAACCGAAAAUCUUCAGUUGGUGUAAAAAAGAACAGCAAGAGCAGAACGUUAACCAGGCAGUCCAUGUCCAGAAUUCCCGCUUCCUCCAACUCUACCUCAUCUAAGCUAACUCACACGAACAAUUCCAGGGUACCAAAGAAACUGAAAAAGCCUGCAAAGCCUUUACUCUCAAAGAUAAAGCUAAGGAAUCACUGCAAGCGACUAGAGCAGAAGAAUAGUUCAAGAAAGCUCGAGAUGGGAAACUUAGUACUUAAAGAGCCUAAAGUGGUCCUAUAUAAGAAUUUGCCCAUUAGAAAAGACCAGGAGUCAGAGGGAUCAGUCCAAGCUGCAGUUGCCAGCGGGUGCUUGACUAGACAUGCGGCCAGAGAACACAGGCGGAAUCCUGGGAGAGGUGCUCACUCGCAGGGGGACAGCUCGCCCUGCACCUACACAACCAGGCGCUCGGCGAGGACCAGGGCAAACCCGCCAGAAGCCUCGGACAUCAAGCUAGAACCAAAUACGCUGGAUGGCUGUAAUGGCACGGCAGAACCUUGCCCAGACAGUGAUGAGCAGCCAGCCCCCGACGUGCAGGAAGAACUGGCUAGCGAGACUGCACAGAAGGGGGAAGCACCGGGUCACAAGAGUGACCCGAGCAUGUCUAGAAAGAAAUCGCGACAAGGAAAACUUGUAAAGCAGUUGACAAACAUAGCAGAGUCCACCCCGGUGCAUGACUGCCCUGGACAGGAGAGCACCGUGCCAGAUUUGAUGGCACCCCACUCUGACCAGGGUGAGCCCAGCGGUGUGGCAGGGGUGCCCAUGAGCUACACAGACUGCACUCCCUCGCCUGUCGGGUGCUCAAUCGUCACGUCAGACAGCUUCAGGGCGAAGGAUGGCUUUAGAACUGCUAAAAGCAAAAAGAAGCGGCGAAUUACAAGGUAUGACGCCCAGUUAAUCCUGGAAAAUAACUCUGGGAUUCCCAAAUUGACUCUCCGUAGGCGCCAUGAUAGCAGCAGCAAGACAAACGACCAAGAGAAUGACGGGAUGAAUUCUUCCAAAAUAAGCAUCAAGUUAAGUAAAGACCAUGAAAAUGAUAAUAAUCUCUAUGUAGCAAAGCUUAAUAAUGGAUUUAACUCAGGAUCAGGCAGUAGUUCUACAAAAUUAAAAAUCCAGCUAAAACGGGAUGAGGAAAGUAGAGGGCCCUAUGCAGAGGGGCUUCAUGAAAAUGGGGUGUGCUGUAGUGAUCCUCUCUCUCUCCUGGAGUCCCAGAUGGAGGUGGAUGACUACAGUCAGUAUGAGGAGGAAAGUACAGAUGACUCCUCCUCUUCAGAGGGAGACGAAGAGGAGGAUGACUAUGACGAUGACUUUGAAGAUGAUUUUAUUCCUCUUCCUCCGGCUAAGCGACUGAGGCUAAUAGUCGGGAAAGACUCUAUAGAUAUUGACAUUUCUUCAAGGAGAAGAGAAGAUCAGUCUUUAAGGCUUAACGCAUAAGCUCUUGGUCUUAAUUUGACCUGGGAUAACUACUUUAAAGAAAUAAAAAUUCCAGUCAAUUAUUCCUCAACUGAACCAUUUGAGUGGCAGCACUUCUAUCGUCUCUUCAUGUAUCAGCAUAAUAUUGUAGAAAGUGUACAGCGUACUGACUCUUCCUAAGUCUGAUUUGUGCAAAUUUUUAUCGUACUUUUUAAAUAGCCUUCUUAUGUGCAAUUCUCAGUUAGAGGUGAAGCCCUAUUGUAAAAUAAAGGCUCCAGCAAAAUUGUACAGUGAUAGCAACUUUCCACACAGGACGUUGAGACAAUAAUGUGGCUACACAACUUCUUCUCUUUUUUUUUUUUAACUUUUAAGAGCAUCAGCUGGCUCUUUAAUAUAUGACUAAACAAUAAUUUAAAACAAAUCAUAGUAGCAGCAUAUUAAGGUUUUCAAGUAUAUGCUAAUAUCACCAGCAAUGAUCUUUGGCUUUUUGAUUUAUAUUUGCUAGAUGUUUCCCCCUUGGAGUUUGUCAGUUUCACACUGUUUGCUGACCCAGGUGUACUGUGUGUGGCCUCUGUUAACAUAGCCAACCAUCAGUCCGGAGUCAAAUUGGUUUCUUUACAAAACAAAAAAAUACCAUCACACGCGAGACAGCUCACUGUUCAGUACACUGUAUGUACCAGGUUAGCAGCGUGCAGGAUGCGUUUCAAAACAGCGUAUUUAUUGCUUGUCAUGUAAAUUAAAGACCUUGUAUUUAACACUUUUCAAUCCUUUUAGAUAAAAUUGUUCUUUGCAAGAAUGAUUGGUGCUUAUUUUUUCAAAACUCUGCUGUGAACAUGCGAUGGCAACAAGCAACGUUAUCUAAUGAACUACAGCUAUCCUAAUUUGGUUCUUCAAGUUUUCUGUUGCACUUGUAAAAUGCUACAAGGAAUAUUAAAAAAAUCUAUUCACUUUAACUUAUAAUAGUUUAUGAAAUAAAAACAUGAGUCACAGCUUUUGUUCUGUGGUAACCUAUAAAAAUGUUUGUCUUUGGAAUUCAAUGUAAAGAGCUGAAAACAAUGUAUAUGUUGUAAAUAUUUGUGUGUUGUGAGAAAUUUUUGUCAUAAGAAAUUAAAAGAACUUACCAGGAAGGUUUUUAAGUUUAGAAAUAUUCAUGCCAAUAAAAUAGGAAAUUAUAAAUAUAUAGUUUUAAGCACUGCCUCAGUGGGAGUUCUCAGCUUAUAUUAGUUUAUUAUUAAAAUAUCAAAGUUUUUUGAUUAUAUUAUCAGUUAAUCAAAAAGGAGUCAGAUUUGUUUUUUCAAGCACUUUGAGAAGAGAAAUUAAUUUUAAGUAACUUAAUGAGCAAAUUUUUGAUUAUUUUAUGUUCAAUACCAGGCUCUUUCAUUUUUCUGGAUUAUUUUAGAAAUCAAAGAAUUUGGGAAUAUAAGUCUAUAGCAGGUGUUUAACACCAGCAAAUCUCUGUUUCCUGGGAAAUGUGUACAUGUGCUUUCAGAUGAGUCAAGUCAACUUAGGGGGUUCUUGUAGUGUCUAGAAAAGUAGCCCAUGUCUUAAACUACUCAGAGGGAUCUGCAGGUAACAAGAAAGUCCAGUGAAGGAAACCUCAAUGCUUCACUGUUAUUUCUACUUGAUACCCACCACUUUUCACGUUUGGGGGACAUUGUUUAAAUUAAGCUCCUCAAAACUAGUGCCAGUAGGUUGCAGAUAGAAAGUGGGGGAGCCUGAGAGGCCUUUGCUCCUGGAGCCCCGGGUCGUCCUGUGCAGUCCCAACUUGGCUUCUCACGGUCAGGCUGAUCCUCAGGGAUUGAUUUGGAAGCAGGCGAGGACCUCCCCCCAACACAUGCCCCUUCUCGCUGCAGCUCUUGAGGCAGGGCAACCCUACAUGGCCUUGGGCUCCUGUCCCCAGACACUGUCCAGUCCUCAUGGGGUCCCUGCACAGAAGCAUGAGGCCUGGACCACGCACGGGAGGAUGAAGAGGGGCCCUUUGGAGCAGGCAGGCAGUGGGUCACCUCUCAUUCCCACCUUUGCUUGGGGUAUUUUGAAGAGGUUCAGAGACUAAACCUCAAAGGUUUUUUUUUGAAUACCAACAAUAGCCAUUUCAGGAAUUUCAGUCUUAAGGAAAAAGUAACAAAACACAUUUCCCAUUUUUCUCCACGUUGAAGCUUAAUUUUAGUAACUUAUUUAUGAUGUUUUAAUUUUAUUAUGGCCUCAUCUUUUGAGGCUGACCUCCCCGUGGGUCUCAGAGCAGUGACAUUUGGUGACAGUCGCUGCUUCUCAGGAGUCGGUAUGCACAAGCACUCAGCGGCCGCUGGGAUGCCUUCUAGGGCGCCCUAAUUUCCGUUUUUAAAGGUAGGGGCCUCGGGACUGUUCUCAGCCUGCUGUAGAACGUCACUGUGUGGGAGACAAAAGCCACACACUCUUGACCAGUUUGGAAGAGGUUACAUUCAAUAAAACUUUUAGCUUGAGCUUAUGCAAUGAUUGGUAAAGUUUUUGGCAUUGUAAGAAUUAGGAAAUGAUCAUAGAAAUAUAUGUAAAGUAUUCAAUUUUCAAUCAUUUUUCAAAUUACUGUUUUAAAUUGUUUUGCUGAGUUGUAAUACUUUUGAGAUACAAUGUAUUCCUUGUACUGAAAGAAUGAAAAAGGACUUUUUCAGCAUUUGAGGUAAGUUCUUUAACGUUUCAUUGAAAACAUUUUUUACAAAUAUUUUGUACAUGCACUUGCAGUAUUGAGGUUAAUCAUUUUAAUAAAUUCGGAAAUUAAAACAA